GGCCCGUCUCCCCCUUCGGCUCGCGACCACUUGGUCUGCGCCGCCUGCAUUCUGUGUGUGCGGGGCCCGCCCGCACUGCGGGGGAGAGCCCGGGAGCCGCCCACGCCACGCUCGGCGUCGCCGUCUCCCUGGUACGCGCGCGGGCGACGCGGCGCGCCGAGCCGGGCGGGCGGCCAUGGCGCGGCUGGCGGGGAGGUAGCGGCGCCCGUCCCGGGGAGCGCGGCGCGGCCAUGGCCCGGCGGCGGCGCCGCGCCUGCAUCGCGCUGUUCCUGGUGCUGCUUUUCGCCUUCGGCACUCUCAUGGGCCUGCGCACGCUCAAGGCUCCGGAUGGACUCCCGGUGCUCGGCCCGGGCCUGGAGCUGGUGCCCUUUGAGCGAAGGCCGGAGGGGGCCCCGGCGCCCGCUGCCCGGGCCCCUGCCGCACCGGCCGCGCCGCCGCCUCCACCGCCGCCGCCCCGCACCGCGGAGCCGGGCAGCCCCCCGGGGCCGGCGCCUGCGGAGGCCGAGCCCGCCCCCGGGCGGAGUCUGCGCGUGUACUCGGACCUGCACGCCUUCUACUACUCGUGGUACGGGAGCCCGCGGCGCGAGGGCCGCUACAUCCAUUGGGACCACGUCAUGGUGCCGCACUGGGACCCCAAGAUCUCGGCCAGCUACCCGCGCGGCCGCCACAGCCCCCCGGAUGACCUGGGCUCCAGCUUCUACCCGGAGCUGGGGCCCUACAGCUCGCGGGACCCCGACGUGCUGCGGGAACAUAUGACCCAGCUCCAGGAGGCUGCCAUCGGCGUACUGGUCCUGUCCUGGUACCCACCUGGCAUGGCUGAUGAUAAUGGGGAGCCCUCGGAUGACCUGGUGCCUGCCAUUCUCGACACCGCCCAUCAGUACAACAUCCAGGUGGCCUUCCAUAUCCAACCCUACAAAGGCCGGGAUGACAUCACUGUGCAUGACAACAUCAAGUACAUCAUUGACACGUAUGGCUCCCAUGGUGCAUUUUACCGCUAUAAGAACAGCAUGGGCAAGAGCCUCCCACUCUUCUACAUCUACGAUUCCUACCUGACGUCCCCAGAAGCCUGGGCCCACCUCCUGACGCCACACGGGCCCCACUCAAUCCGCAACACACGCUAUGAUGCAGUCUUCAUCGCGCUGCUGGUGGAGGAGGGCCACACCCAUGACAUCCUCGCCGCGGGAUUCGACGGCAUGUACACCUACUUUGCCUCCAAUGGUUUCUCCUUUGGCUCCUCCCAUCAGAACUGGAAGGCUGUGAAGAACUUCUGUGAUGCAAACAACCUCAUGUUCAUCCCCAGUGUGGGGCCUGGCUACAUAGAUACCAGCAUCCGGCCCUGGAACAACCACAAUACCCGCAACAGGGUCAACGGCAAGUACUACGAGACGGCCCUGCAGGCAGCCCUGACAGUCCGGCCGGAGAUCGUCUCCAUCACCUCCUUCAAUGAGUGGCACGAAGGCACCCAGAUUGAGAAGGCCAUUCCCAAGAAGACGCCCACUCGCCUGUACUUGGACUACCUGCCUCACCAACCUGGCCUCUACCUGGAGCUGACCCGUCGCUGGGCAGAGCACUUUGUCAAGGAGAAGGAGCAGUGGCUGAUGUGAGG